AUGGUUGUGAGAAAUGCAAGAGGUGGAGCAGAGCUUUUGUUUGAUGACGUUAAAAAACAUCAGGUGACCUUGCCCUGUCAACCAGAGCCUUGGGACAUCAGAAACCUGCUAAAGUGGAUCAAACAGAAUCUAUUAAAAGAGAGACCAGAAUUAUUUAUUCAAGGGGACACCGUGCGGCCAGGAAUUUUGGUGCUCAUCAAUGAUGCAGACUGGGAACUAAUGGGCGAGCUGGAUUAUAAACUCCAGGACCAGGAUAGUGUGGUUUUCAUCUCAACGUUGCAUGGUGGUUGAGCUCUUGGAAUUCAUAAGGACAUAAAACAAGAACACUGGGGGAGAACCCUCAUGUCUUUUUGAACUGUCUGUGCCUCACUUAAGCCAUGGCAAAUCAUUUACACCGUCAUUAGGCAUACAAAUAAAACCCAUGCCAGUGACUGGCCUAGCAUGCA